AUGAGUCCUGAAGGCCUUAAAGAUUUCCAAACGGAAAAAAUAAUUUCACCAAAUCAGGGGCCUCGCAGAAGCGAUCGUCCGUUUCCGUGUUCAGAGUGCGGGAAAAGCUUCCCUUGGAAAGGACACCUUCUCACACACCUGAAAAGCCACAUCGGCGAGCGUCCUUUUGCGUGCUUGGAGUGCGGAAAAUGUUUUAUCCAGAAAGGAGACCUCCUUAGGCACCAAAAAAGCCACACGGGCGAGCGCCCUUUUCCGUGUUCCGAGUGCGGGAAAUGUUUCAUCCAAAAAACGGACCUUCUCAGACACAAGAGAAUCCACACGGGCGAGCGCCCUUAUUCCUGUACGGAGUGUGGGAAAUGUUUCACUCAGAAAGGAAGCCUUCUCACGCACCAGAAAAGCCACGUAGGUGACCGCCCUUUUAUAUGUUCAGAGUGCGGGAAGUGUUUCAUCCAGAAGGGAGAUCUUCUUAGACACCAGAAAAGCCACAGCGGCGAGCGUCCUUUUUCAUGUUCAGAGUGCGGGAAAUGUUUCAUACACAAAGCGGACCUCCUCAGACAUCAGAGGAGUCACAAGGGCAAGGGUCCUUUUCUGUGUUCAGAGUGCGGGAAAUGUCUCAUGCGGAAAGCGGACUUUCUUACCCACCAAAGACGACAUAUGGGUGACUGUCCUUUUUCAUGUACGGAGUGCGGGAAAAGUUUCACUCGGAAAGGAGACCUUCUCACCCACCAGAGAAGCCACCCGAGAGAAAGUCCUUUUUCGUGUUGA